ACUUGACAGAAGGUAAGUGUCCAACUGCACAGUAUAAAAAGAAUGGCAAAACGAACAUUGUUGUCAUCUGCUAAUCCAGAUUACACUGACGGAAGAACUAAAAAUGUUCGGAACAGUCAUAUUAGCGUUGUUGUCCUGUGGACUUGUGUCCGGGGAUUUUAUGUCGCGGAUAAUAAAUGGACAAGCCACCGACACCACCGCACACCCCCAUCAAUUGUCACUUGAAUAUCAGGGCAACCAUGUUUGUGGAGCAUCCAUAAUUGGAACCAAGUGGGCAGUGACCGCUGCUCACUGCGUAGAAUUUGCCAACUACAACGAAACACUGUUUGGGGUAGCGGUUAACAACGGAAAAAGAAGUGAUCCAGACAGGGCUGUAUAUCCUAUAAAGAAAAUCACCCCUCAUGGAAGCUAUACUGGCACUGCUGGAUUUCUUGAAGCCGCGUAUGCAAACGACAUAGCGUUGCUAGAACUCUUUGAAGAAAUUACAUCCUGGGCCGACAAAGCUAUCGAGUUGUCCACAGACAUUUUGGACAAUAAAAAUUGUACCAUCACCGGCUGGGGCCUAGACUCAACAGAUACAUCCCCGGAUGUUCUUCAAGAAACCACGGGUACAAUUCUGACCGAAUCGGGAUGUGUGAGCAAGUGGAACACAAUAUUACAACCAGCGUACUCGCACCAGUACCAUGUCUGUAUUGACGAUCCUAAUACUGGCUCCUGCAAUGGUGACAGUGGCGGUCCCAUGGUGUGUGACGGCAAGCUCGCAGGGGUGACGUCAUGGGGUGCAAGCGGAUGCGACACAACAAAGCCAAGUGUUUAUGUGCGAGUGCCGAACUAUGUCACUUGGAUUCAGGGCUACACGAAUCCGACACCUACGUUUCUUUGACUUUCUUGAAAUGUCUGUCAGACUGUCUCUCAAAUAAAAUUUGAGACAUUUAA